AUGCGCACUCGAUCAACUACCAAGAUAGCGAGUUUAGGUUCUAACUCGUCCAAAAGAAAGCACAAUGCAUCCGAUGGCACAUCUUCCGACGAUUCGAAAGCCAACGUCAAGCGCAAAACGCCUCGGAAGUCUUCAAUCAUUACCAAGAAGGCCACCGAUAACAAAGUAACCAAGUCUAUCAAUAAGGCGAACGAGACAGAGCUCGCUGACUUGAAAAUCAAACCUGCUGGAGAGAAAAUGCUCAGCUCACCGCCUUCGGCCAACAAACUCUCAGAGAGGAAAUUCGCCGCCUGGUCUCAACAUGCACAGUCAUCUCCAUACCCCGACUUCCUCCGGCCAACCCAGGAGGAAUGUCAGGUCGCUUAUGAGAUUCUGGAAGGGCUUCACGGAGAUGUAAUUCGGCAAGUCUUUGCAGAUCCUGAUGCGCCGGCCCAGGAGUAUCCAUAUGUGCUGGAUGCCCUGGUGGUAGCUGCCCUCAGCCAAGCGACCAGUUGGAACAAUGCCAAGCGUGCCAUGAAGAACAUGAAGGCAGUGUACAGGUCUCCAUUCAACUACGAGGCAAUUGUGGAGGGCGGUAUGGAGAAGUUGGUGGAUGCGCUGCGACCCGGCGGGAUGCAGAACAAGAAAGCUAAGAUCCUCAUGCAGCUAUUGGACGAUGUCAAGACUCGUCAUGGCAAGUGGGAUCUUCAGCACCUCUUCAACGCAAGCGAUGAAGAAGUUGUCAAGGAAGUGGUCAGCUACUGGGGUCUCGGACCAAAGUGCGCGUUCUGUUUGAUGAGCAUCUGUCUGAACCGGGAUGCCUUUGCUGUGGACACCCACAUUUACCGCAUCACAGGUCUCUGGGGUUGGCGGCCACGUGAUGCGUCAAGGGAGCUGGCGCAGGCUCAUCUAGAUGCUCGAAUACCGAAUGAGCUGAAAUUUGGGUUACACUAUCAGUUUAUUGUACACGGCCAGAAGUGUCCUGUCUGUCGAGGCAACGGGGAUAGCAAAGCCGUGUGUGAGUACCGAGUGCUACUGCGUCAACGUGGAGGAACCAAGGAUGAUAGGACAGAAUCGUAG